UUCAUGCAUGUUAGCACGGCAUCAGGUGAGGAGGGAGACUCGGCCUGGCUGGAGACCCACAGGAUGAGUCUCAAUAGGGAGCAUCAUGUCCAGUGUCUCCAGUUCUACUAUUUCCACAGUGGGAACAUGUCAGACCACCUCAACAUCUGGAUCAGAGAGUUUCAGGAUGAAUUGGACCUCAAGGGAACCCUACGCCUCAUGGGACAGAUCACUGGUGAGCCAACAAAACACUGGAAGCUCCAUCAUGUGUCCCUGAAUGCCACCAAGCACUUCCAGGUAGAGUUUGAGGUUUGUAAAGGAGCAGGAAGCUCUACAGGCGGCUUCUCAAUCGAUGACAUCAAUCUGUCAGAGAUCCAAUGUCCACAUGUAACCAUGCAGCUUGAUGACUUUGAGCAGGCUUUGAACUCUAGUAGUCUUGGCACCACUAUGUACAGCCCUCGGCAAUACUCCAGCGGGGGCUAUGCUUACAGGGUUGGGGUUGUGUUGUAUAAUUCCUUUUUCGGAUUGUUUGUUCAACUCUUGUCUGGUGAAAAUGAUAACUGGCUGGAGUGGCCUUGCCUACAAAGGCAGGUGACCUUCAAAAUGCUGGACCAGAACGCCAACAUCCAGCUGCAGAUGUCCAAGCAAUUUAGUAUCACCAGUGACCUAAGCACAUCCUUUGAUGAUAUCACCCCGCUAGUCAAUGGAAGUGCCCUGCCAAGUCCUGAAGUGGGACCAGUGGAGAUCAAAUAUCCUCCCAAAGAUCUGAACAGAGGCCCUUGCUCAUCAAGGUAG